ACUUCCUGUGCAGCAGGAGGGAGAGAGCGGCUAAAACAGGUUUUUUUUUCUUGACCGGCCUGAAAGUGUUGAGGCUCCUGGCUGAGAGCGCGAGGCGUCAGCCGCUCGGUGGAUCAGCUCGCCGUCACAGCACCUGCUUACGUGAUAAAACAGUUGAAGCUUUCUCAGAUUAUUACUCUGAAGUCUCUGUACAAGCCGCUGUGACCUGCGGCGACCUUGUCCACUUCGCUCAUGUAAACAGCGUCCGUGUCACCCGCCAUUCCCCGGCAGUGCCAGCCCCCCCUUGCCCCCCCCAACCCCACGGGACAACAAGUGUUUCCCAAACAAACACCAUAACGAAGCCGUGUCCCUGCGCCCCGGACACGUUACGUAACGCCGCAGAGCCUCGUCCCCCCGCGGCUUUCUGCUGUUUUUUUUUCUUUCUAGGCACGAGUCGGUGACGGCUCUCACCGCGGGGGCCUCUAAGUGGGCUCGCAUUCCUCUUGUAAGCUUAUCUCGUUGACCCGCCUGCCCAACACUCUGCAGCCCCUAAAAAAAGACGAGGCCAUCACUCCCCUCCCCGUCAGGCUCCUCUGGCAGCUGGCGAGAUCAGACGGACAGGGAUUCUCGGUGACUCGCCGCCAUCGCCGCACAGCAUCCCUGCUUUGUCUCUCCUGGACGCUGCAGACAGAUAGACAGCAAGUAAACAGGCACCAGCAGAUUCAAGCGGGACGGCGUACACGAAAACGAGGAGGGGAAGAGGUCAGAUCAGUGCAUCAAGCAGCCAGAAGCCAGGAGAGAGCGAGGCGAGGACCAUGAGUACCUUUGGGUACCGGCGGGAGCUGGGGAGGUACGAGGACGUGGACGAGGACGAGCUCCUGGCCACGCUGUCGUCCGAGGAGCUGCAGGAGCUGGAGAGGGAGCUGGCCGACCUCGACCCCGACGACGACGUCCCCAUCGGCCUCCGGCAGAAGGACCAGACGGUCAAAACGCCCACGGGAAGCUUCGACCGGGACGCCCUGCUCAAGUACUGGGACGAGGAGAACAGGAAGCUGCUGGAGGAGGAGAAGGGCGACCGCGGACGUCCCGGCCAGGCCGGCGCCGAGGAGGGACGGCGAGAUAAGAGCAGCGUGGGAAGAGUGACAGCGAUUAACGGCGAAGCCAGCAAGCCUAAGGACAAUGAGAAGAAGAAGAUUUUCCACAAAGGGAAGACAGUCGACGGCAUAUCUGGCAAACAUGUCGGGUCAUCGAGGGAGGAGGAGAAAGAGAAGAAAGAGGAGUUUAAAAAGGAGGCUUUCCUCAGGACUGCAGGUCCUCAGAAAGCCUGCAAUGGGCUGCCGAAAGCCUCAGGGAGUGACUCCAGGAGGGGAGGCGUUUCAAGGACUGACAACAAAGAGCAGAACCCGAACGCAGCGUCGGACAGGCCGAGCGGAAACCCCGUGGUCGUCGACAAAGUGCUGGAGCAGAUCCUGCGCAACGAUCCCGCCAUGAGCGAGGUCAACCUCAACAACAUCGAGGACGUUUCCCAGGAGACGCUGCUCCGCUUCGCCGCGGCCCUGCACGCCAACACGCACGUCCGCGUCUUCAGCCUCGCCAACACGCACGCCGACGACCGCGUGGCCUUCGCCGUCUCCAAGAUGCUGCGGGAAAACCGCUCCGUCAGGAACCUGAACAUCGAGUCCAACUUCGUGUCGGGGCAGGGCAUCCUGGCCCUGCUGGCGGCGCUGCAGCACAACGCCACGCUGGUGGAGCUGCGCUUCCAGAACCAGAGGCACAUCUGCGGCGGCCGGGUGGAGAUGGAGAUGGUGCGGCUGCUGAGGGAGAACACCACGCUGCUCAAGCUCGGCUACCAGUUUGACCUGCCGGGCCCGCGCAUGACGGCCACCGGCAUCCUGACGCGCAACCAGGACCAGGAGCGCCAGAGGAGGCUGCAGCAGCAGAAGGAGCAGAGUCGCCAGGAGGCGCCGGUCGCACCGACGGGACAAAUCUCCGGACCUUCGCCAUCAAACAGGCAACCGAAGAAGCCGUCGCAAUCUUCGAAAACUGUUGCAAAUCAGAACAAAAUCACCGCCGCUCCUCCGCCUGCGCCUCCUCCUCCUCCUCCCUCACGUCUUCCUGCGGAGCCGCUCUCCGAGAAGAACACGCCGACGAGGAAGAUCGCAGAGAUGGUGAAGCAGCACGAGGGCUCCAACAGCACCAAGGCCCAGCCGGCCCAGAGGAAACAACCCAAGUCCAAGAGGGGGAAGAACGUCGCCAACGAGAAGGAGAGCGCCGACAUCCUGAAGGAGCUGAAGAACUCCCUGAAGCCGUCGCUGCAGAAGAGGAGGGACGAACCGUCGCGUCCGCCGGCGCCGCAGCGCUCGAGUCGAGACGACCUGAUGGCGGCGAUCCGUGGAAGCAGCAUCACGUCGUUAAAAAGGGUGGAGGCGUCCCACAGCUGAAGCUCUCGCUCUGACCCGGAGACGCCAGGAUCUGCUGCCCUGCUCACCUUGUGUUGAUUCUUACCAGGAGAUAUUUAAUAUUUCUAUCACUUUUUGGAUUUAACGUCACUUCUUUUUGAUGUGGAUCUGUAGCGCUUUAAUGUUUAAUGUGUUAUUGUUUGACUUACUGUCGUUGCAUUUUGGACACAACAUAUUUUUGUGAAGAGAAAUAAAUCUGUUGGUUCAUGAC